AUGACUUGGUCCUAACUGGGAGGUUUCCGCCAUGGAGCAGGGAGGACGGGACUCUGAGCACCGAAUCGAUUUACUUGGGGAAAGAAGACAAUCUGAAGGAAACAGUUGGUGCUCAAACUUCCUCUGUCCAAAUCAAGGUGGAGCCGCCAGGCCACGCCCCCAAUGACGGAAUCCUGGGCGGGGGCUAGAGACGAAAUGUCCAUCACGCAUUAGCCCCGCCCCAUAGGAGCAGCUAGCACCAGUAGGCUGCAUGCAGGGCGGGAGCAAGGCCAGGGGCGGGGCCUGCUGUUGCCCAGCAACAACUAGAGAACCCCAGGCGAGCGUGGCCGCGGAGGGAUCGCGUCUCAGAGCUCCCCCUACCAGGAAAAAGAACAGGUCUGGGGAAGGCACGAGCCUCACCUAGUAGCCAUCCGCGGAGAAGACAGGUCAGGCCUGUGAAUGCCAACCCCGGCAGCCACCUUGGCUUCUAACCGUUAAGCGCAGGGAGGGGCCAUGGCAGAAGUACAUGUGAUUGGACAAAUUAUGGGGGCCACUGGCUUCUCAGAAAGUAGCCUGUUCUGCAAGUGGGGCAUCCACACAGGGGCAGCCUGGAAGCUCCUGUCAGGGGUGCGUGAGGGCCAAACCCAGGUAGACACCCCCCAGAUAGGGGACAUGGCCUACUGGUCGCACCCCAUUGAUCUGCACUUUGCUACAAAAGGUCUCCAAGGUUGGCCCCGGCUCCAUCUCCAGGUGUGGUCCCAGGACAGCUUCGGCCGCUGCCAGCUGGCAGGGUACGGCUUCUGCCACGUGCCCAGCAGCCCCGGCACCCACCGGCUGGAGUGCCCCACAUGGCGGCCCCUGGGCAGCUGGCGGGAGCAGCUGGCGCGGGCCUUCGUGGGCGGCGGCCCGCAGCUGGUGCACGCGGACACCAUCUACAGCGGGGCGGACCGCUACCGCCUGCGCACGGCCGCGGCCGGCGCGGUGCACCUGGAGCUCGGCCUGCUGCUGCGCCACUUCGACCGCUACGGCGUCGAGUGCUGACGCCGGCCGGCGCCCCGCACCGGUCCCCGCCGGCCACGGGAGCCCGAUCGCGAUCGCACGGUCG